AGGCCAUAAUAGAUUUUCGCAAAUUUCACAGGACUAACACUUAUUACUCAGGGCUUUGCUUUCAUUCAUUCAUUCACCUGCCUGCCUUGUCAUAAAUGUAAAAGAAGAUUAAACCAACCAACUUCAUUCUUCAUACAACUGCUCCAUUACUUCUUCCGCUUUCUGUCAUAUUCACUCGUCUCUAGAGCGUGGCAGUACUUAUAUCGUUAUCUCAACUUUAGCUUUCUAUCAAAUCUCAGCUUUCUUUUUCUCUCUGAAAAACUGGUUCCCUUAAUUUAAGGAUUCUGCAGGAGUGGGGUGAGGACAAGUACAGAAGUUAAUUAUCAGCUUGGGAUGAUGAAUAACACUGAGGAACAUAGGAGUACUAGUAUUAAAAGCGAGGUGCAGGAUGGAUUCAGUAAUAGUACUACUGCAUGUGAAAGAGAAGUUGUCAUUCCGAUGCCUAAGGUAGAAAGUUCCAGUGGAAUAACUGAAGAAACUGGGAAUGCUAAAAACUGGAGGAAACAAAAUCUAUUCUUGGAGAUACCUACCAGAACAAUGGAUGCCUCAUGUGCAGAGUUUGUUCAAAUAAAAAUGCCUCCAACGCCAACUCCUACGCCCAAAAGAGUGAAUUUCAUGUUGACCCCUAGCCCUUCUGAUUCAAGACUAAAUAGUUCUCCGGGUCCUUCUUCAUCCAGAGCAAAAUCAUCCAUCAAAAAUCUCCUGCCAAAACUAAGUUUCAAGAACCGGAACUUGAAUCCAGAGACAGAUAUAGACAAGGCUUCUAACCUUGAUUCAGGUUCUUCAACCACAGCAUCACAGGAGAAGCCAUCGAUGUCAAGGUCUUGGUCUCUCUCAAAGAUAUUUACUCCUCGCAUGAAGAGGACUUCGUCUUUACCUGUUACCCCAGUUGCACAUUUAAGUUCUGAGUCUAUUACUGAUGGGAGUGCAUGCAGCUCUCUGACAUUGGAUACAAAAGGACCACAAAGGCACAUCUCUCGAUCACUUUCUGUUCCAGCUAUCAACAAAGAAAGAAGCAUCAAAAGGAUGGACUCAUUUUUCAGGGUAAUUCCUACUACUCCUCGAGUGAAGGAUGGGGAUUCAAUAACAUCAGUGUCAACUGCAGGAGGAAAUACUGAGAAUAGUGAUGCUGAUGGUGAAGACAUUCCCGAGGAAGAAGCUGUUUGUCGAAUCUGCUUCAUUGAGUUAUGUGAAGGUGGAGAGACACUCAAGAUGGAAUGUAGUUGCAAAGGAGAACUUGCUUUGGCUCACCAAGAAUGUGCUAUAAAAUGGUUUAGCAUCAAAGGAAACAAGACAUGUGAUGUUUGCAAACAAGAGGUUCAAAAUCUACCAGUCACACUUUUGAGGAUCCAAAGUGUUCGAUGUCAAAAUACUAGAGCAAGUAGAGUCCGGAAUCUGGAAAUAAAUGGAUACAGGGUUUGGCAUGAAGUGCCCAUUCUUGUCAUUGUCAGCAUGCUUGCCUACUUUUGUUUCCUUGAGCAGCUUCUGGUUGGGAAAAUGGGUACUGGAGCAAUUGCUAUAUCACUUCCAUUUUCUUGUGUACUUGGUCUCUUGGCAUCCAUGACCUCUUCAACUAUGGUGAAGAGAAGAUUUGUGUGGGUUUAUGCAUCGGUUCAGUUUGCUCUCGUGGUUCUCUUUGCACAUAUUUUCUACUCUGUGGUUCAUGUACAAGCUGUUUUGUCAAUUCUUCUCUCCACAUUUGCAGGAUUUGGAGUUGCAAUGAGUGGAAGUUCAAUUGUUGUUGAGUUUCUGAGAUGGAGAAGGCAACAACAAGCCUUUGCAGAUCAGCAACAUCAGAAUUCCCAAGUCAUGUUACAUCCUGGUCGAUGGCCUCAACCGAGUCAAUCAGAAACAAUUUCCCGUGUUGCUCCAAACCUUCGUCAAGCCGACAUAGAAAAUCCAGAAACAUUUAGUGGGAGGUGAUUAGUAGUUCUUUUUUUUUUGGGGGGGUAGUAGUGGAUAAACUCAAUCCUUGCGAAAGGGAUUUUGUAUAAAUACACAGAUGAAGCAAUUGACAGUUCUGUGCCAUUGGUAUUUUGCUUCAUCAAAGAAACAGGAGUUGCAGGAAUGAUGAAUGUUGUGAUCUGCACAACAGAGCAACGUGCUUCGUACAGAUACAGUAAUCAAAGAAAGUUUGUUCUUUUUUCUUCGUCUUCCA